UCCUGAACAGCGGGGCAUCCAAUGGGAGACGACGCUGCUUGUGUCACCAUGGUGACGGGGCUGUGCCCAGGGAGGUUGUGAUGGGUUGACAGGUGCGUGACGAUCGGGGCUCUCUGCAAGCAUGUACGCCAAAGGCAAAAGUAGCAACGUGCCGUCCGACAGCCAAGCCAGAGAAAAGUUGGCUCUUUAUGUGUACGAGUAUCUGCUGCAUGUAGGAGCACAGAAGUCAGCACAGACCUUUCUGUCAGAGAUCCGAUGGGAGAAGAACAUCACACUAGGAGAACCUCCGGGGUUCCUCCACUCAUGGUGGUGUGUUUUCUGGGACCUGUACUGUGCAGCUCCAGAGAGGAGAGACACAUGUGAACACUCCAGUGAGGCCAAGGCCUUCCAUGACUAUAGUGCUGCAGCAGCUCCAAGCCCCGUCCUCGGGAACCUUCCUCCAGGAGAGGGCAUGCCAGUGGGACCUGUUCCUCCAGGGUUCUUCCAGCCAUUUAUGUCACCUCGAUAUCCCGGUGGACCCAGACCCCCCCUCAGAUUACCUAAUCAGGGACUUGGUGGAGUUCCAGGUAGCCAGCCGAUGUUACCCAGUGGGAUGGAUCCCACAAGACAGCAAGGACAUCCAAAUAUGGGAGGACCAAUGCAGAGGAUGACUCCACCCAGGGGCAUGGUACCACUAGGGCCUCAGAAUUAUGGAGGUGGGAUGAGGCCACCACUCAAUGCCCUGGUUGGUCCAGGGAUGCCUGGUAUGAGCAUGGGACCUGGUGGUGGAAGACCUUGGCCAAAUCCUCCAAACUCAAACUCUACCCCUUACUCUUCUGCAUCUCCAGGAAGUUAUGUGGGACCUCCAGGAGGAGGGGGGCCACCUGGAACCCCAAUAAUGCCAAGUCCAGCAGAUUCAACCAACUCUGGCGACAAUAUGUACACUAUGAUAAACACAGUUCCUCCUGGUGGAAGCCGACCAAACUUCCCCAUGGGUGCAGGUAGUGAUGGUCCGUUAGGGGGAUUGGCUGGAAUGGAGCCCCAUCACAUGAAUGGAUCUUUAGGGUCAGGUGACAUGGACAGUCUUCCCAAGAACUCUCCUGGUAACCUAAGUAUGAGUAACCAGCCCGGGACACCCAGAGAGGAUGGAGAGAUGGGAGGAAACUUCCUUAACCCUUUUCAGAAUGAAAGUUACUCUCCAAACAUGACAAUGAGUGUGUGAAGUUUCUGGAAGCAGGCUGGCUCAGUUGCUCAGUAACCUGUUGUGGAUUGGAGAAAAGCAGAGAGACAUGAUGUGAUGUUAUCCAGGCCAGUGACUUUCCCUCCACCACCCCCUGCCUAGUCGGGACAGUUGCCCAAGGCUCCAUCCUUCUACAAUCCAUCUGCAUCUCAAAGCCCUCCAUGGUUUCUGUCCAUGUCUCUUCUGUCCUGUUAUUUAAGUGGUGACUCUGCUACAUUCAUCAGUUCUUCCUCUGCAAGUAUUAGACUGUACAAAGAAAACAAAUUGAAACAAGCAAGAGGAUAAUUCUUUGUAUAUUUGCAUCCAGUGUGUAUGAGACGGUGUACACACACAUCAAACACAAGUUUCUGCCUUCUGCACACAAUUCAAUAUCCAGAAUUCAAACUUCAGUAUCAUAAAGUAUGGAGACAGCUUUUGAAUAAUUUAUUCAUCUAAAUGGUCAACUUUUUUUAAAUAAAAUCUUUUACCAAUAAAAUACUUUUUCCAUCACCAGAAGCGAAGCAAAGAAACAUCACCACCAUGUUGCCAGGAAGAUUUAGUUGGAACUUCUGCAGAUACUGUCUUUUAAGCAUUGGUGGUUAUCUAUCUUUUAGAGCAUCAUUAAGUUUUUUUUUUUAUUUACACUAUGGCUAGUUUUCCAAUAUUUUCUAAUGUCACCCAUGAAUGUGACAGGACCUUUUACUCUGUCUCAUCCAAAGAGGUGAAUUACAUGCAGAUAGACAUAAAUAAGUGGUGCACAGUCUGAAUUCCUUUCCAUGCAAUUCUAUUUGUAAAUUGCAUUCAGUUAUUUAAAAGAAAACUUGUUUAAGACUUAAAGUGAGACCAUUAAACUUGAACUGAACAGCUGCCAAUGUUCCACAUGUAAAAAAAGGAUAGCCAGUAAAAUCUUGUAAUGUCAGUAACAAUAUCUAAAGAUAUGCGGGAUAAGCUGCUGUUUGCCAUAACAAGCUAGUAGCCACACCAGACCUAGUCAACAUGACAAAGAAAAGAAACACAGAGUGCAUUUAACAUUUUUAGACAUGAAUUCAGCUUUCCAUUUGAAGCCUUCACAUUUCAGUAGUUCUAUAGUUUCCCUUUAAGCCUUAUUAGAUCUGUCACUGGGAUGAAAGAAAGCAUUGAGGAUGAAGCUAGGAAAGGUUUGCACAGAGGUUAAUACCCAACAGAACUGUACAGACUGAACAUUUGGCCACUUUGUGGUUUUUAAUUAAUAGUUGCGUCUUUCAGUACUCUUCUAAAGAUUUUUGUUGAUUUAACUUGUGAGUGUUUUUUCUCUGGAAGACUUUGCACUCUGAUCACUGCAAAUGUGCAAGUCCAUUUUUUAAAAAAGGCCAAUAAAGGAUUAUAGAUUUUUUUUUUCCAGCUAAAGCAAGUAAAGCCAAUAGUUGCAUAUUUUGUUGCUCAGAUGUGAAUCCAAAUGAUGGUUCAGUUUACAUUCUGGAUAAACAAAGUGUAUUAUCAUGCUCAUAUUCUCUUCAAACAAAAUGUUGUUAAGAAAGAGAGCUCAUGAACAGAUGCCUGGUGUGGAUGGUAAACUACUAGCUAAUAAAGCCACUUUGGUCACUUGUAAUUGUCAUCCGGCUAAACUGUGAUUUCAGUAUGAUAUAAAAAGGUAGUUGGUACAGAAAGUGAACAUAAGCUUGUUUUUGAUCCAUGUUUCUAACUUUUAUUCAGUGCCCACCAUUAAUUGUUAUCAUGUACAAAGGUUCAAUGUUCCUGAACGUUCCCCAUCGCCUUCCUCUACUGCAAAGUGUACAGCUCACAAAUGUAGCUCCUCUUGUAUUGUAUGUGUAUUUGAUAUUAUUAUUAUUAUUUCAAUAUAAAUCUGGAAAGAUUUAUUGCAAACGGAGCGAUGGACUGAUGAUGCAUCAUGGCUGAACAGACAUUUUACUUUGUUUUUGUGUUCGAUUGAAGCCAUAAGUGGGAGUACAAGAAGAUGCGUUUGUAAAUUGAAUCAUGUUUCCCUUUUGUGAAAGUAUGUGGGACUCCAUUUGUGAUGUGUUCAUUUUGUCUUUUUUAUUCUUGUAUUAUGUUUUUGUAAAUACACAGAGAAGUUUCAUGGGUUUUGAAUAUGCUGGUAUAAAGCUUCUCUUCCCUUAA